UCCUGAAGGAAUAAGGCUAAACAGGCCUCGUCACAGGACCGGGGUUUGAUCCUGAGCUCGGCUUACUGUCCGUGAGGAGUGUCUGUGCACGUUCGCCACGUGUCCGCUUGGGUUUCUUCCACGUUUUCCAGUUUCCUCACACCUCCCAGAAAACAUGUCAGUAGGUGGAUUGGCUAGGAUAAAUUGCACCUGGGUCUGAAUGUGUGUAUGGAUGGGUAUCCCAUCCAGUUUGUACUCCCACUUCAUUCCCAGUGUUACUGGAAUAGUCUCUGGAUUCACCAUGACCAGGAUGAAGUGGCUGCUGAAAGUGAGUGAGUGAGAGUUCCCAGAUUCUGGUGUCAUUAUUUUUUUUGUAGAAGAUUAUAUGGUCUUGUUUACUAGGUGUCAAGUUUUAGUUUCCACUAUGUUUCCCAAUCUGAGGAUUAAAGACUUAAAGGAAAGACGCAACCAAAAGGUUUGUCACGGACCUAUUUUUUUUUUCUGGCUGUUUUUUCAUCUGCUUCAUGUUAUUUAAAAUAGUAAGACAAUAAAUAUGAACUCUAACACAGUUACAUUGAAUGUUUUUUCUGUAUCUAUUGAAAUAGUGAAAGAGAAAGAUAAGCAGAGAAUGAAUGCACCUGCUUGUAAUUCUACACCUUUGUUCCAGCUCCUCCCUUUCCCUCACCUGUGUGUGUGUUGGACUUUAUGGUAUUAUUUCCAUGUUGUCCCUCCCAGUUAGUUUGAAAGAGAGGGCAAGGGGGGGAGGAGUAAAGAAAUCCUAGUGGUUGUCGCUCUCAAUACGGAGAGACAGACAGAGAGAAAAACCAACGGACAGAGAAGGACACAGUGAGACAGAGGUUUAAUGAUUGGUUCUCUGUUGGAGAUCACGGGUCUGAUGACGCUUUGGUGUUGUAAUUGUUAAAAAUGAAGUGUCAGUAGCCGCUGUUGGAAAAGUGCUGGGAGGAAAGCGGGAAAUGAAGUCGGACGUAGAGGAGGGGAAAGCCGUGCUCCUGCGUGAGGAGGUGCUGGCUCUGCAGGAGGAGGUGGCUGAGCUGAAGCGGAUGAAGGAGAUGCUGAAUAAGGAGCUGGAGGAGUGUGGGGGUGGCUGUUCUGCUGAGCUGCUCUCUGCCGCUGAACUUCGAGUGCAGCUCUCCCACCGAGAGCGAGACCUGGACCGCGCCAGUGAGGCACUGCAGGCAAUGAAGGCGGACCGUAAGCGGUUGAAGAUGGAGAAAGCCGAGCUGGUGAAUCAGAUGCAGCAGCUCUAUGCUACGCUGGAGAGCCGAGAAGAGCAGCUCCGAGACUUCAUCCGCAAUUACGAGCAGCACCGCAAAGAGAGUGAGGAUGCAGUAAAAGUGUUGGCUAAAGAGAAGGAUCUGCUGGAGAGGGAAAAGUGGGAUCUGCGGCGUCAGACUAAAGAAGCCACUGAACUCGCGGUUGCACUGCGAUCCGCACAGGAGCUGAAGGAGAACAGAAUCAAAGAGCUGGAGGCAGAACUGGCCAUGAUGAGUAACUAUGUGGCCCAGAAACUCGAGUGUCAGCUGUUUGUUCGAGCUCCCGAAAAGCCAGUCUCCCCCAGAAACAUGUCGGCUAAGCAGUCUUUGGCAACGCUCACUAAGGAUGUUCCUAAGCGCCACUCUCUGGCCAUGCCCACAGAGGCUGUCGUCAAUGGCAACCAGGAGUGGGUGAUGCAUGCGGAGAUGCCUCUUACUGCAGCCAUCCGUCAGAGUCAACACAGCCUUUACCACACACUCGACAGACAUGUGUUAAAGGCUGUGCCCCAGUGUGUGUGUGAUGUUGACGGAGUGUGUGUGGCGCACGCCUCAGGCAGCCUCCGCCUCAGUCCCUGUCACUCACGGCAACCGUCAAUGAUGUCAGACGCCUCUGUGCUGGAGGGAGAGCGAUCAUCCACGCCGUCUGAUCUCAACUCACCACGACACAGAACACACUCACUCUGCAACUCUUUAGAAGAUCUGGAGGACCAGAAGAGGAGAAAGAAGAAGGAGAAGAUGGGCCUGAGUUCUCUGUCUCGCGUGUUUGCCCGAGGAAAACAGAGGAAGUCUCUCGACCCUGGCCUUUUCGACGACUCGGACAGCCUGUCCAGCCCGGGCCGUCUGAGUGCGAACCUGUCGGACGGUGAGGAGCAGCUUGACAAACUGCAGCAGGUGGAGCUGGCACGGGCAGUGCCCAUGUCCCGGUGGCGAGCUGGCACUGUUCAGGCCUGGCUUGAGGUCAUCAUGGCCAUGCCCAUGUACAUCCGUGCCUGUGCAGACAACGUCAAGAGUGGCAAGGUGAUGUUAGCCUUAACUGACACAGAUCUGGAAGCUGGUUUGGGGAUCAGCAACUCUAUGCAUCGCAGAAAACUGCGCCUGGCCAUAGAGGAUUAUAGACAGGCUGAGUCGGGACAUGGACUAUCGAAUGCUGCAGAUCUUGACCACCACUGGGUGGCGCAGGCAUGGCUAAGUGAUGUAGGCCUGCCUCAGUAUUCUCAGUUCUUCCACACACACUUAGUCGAUGGACGCCUACUGAGCACACUCACACGAGCCGACCUGGAAAAGCACCUGCAUGUAUCCAAAAAAGCCCACCAGAGCAGCCUGCUGCUGGGAAUCCAGCUCCUACACAUGCUUAACUUUAACAAAGAGCUGCUGCAAGCAAGGCGAGCAGACUGUGAGAACCGGAACUCAGACCUUCUGGUCUGGUCCUGCCAGCGCAUUAUUAAAUGGCUCAGGGACAUCGACCUGAAGGAGUUUGCUGGCAGUCUUCAAAACAGCGGUAUUCAUGGUGCUGUCAUGGUGCUUGAUCCUUCCUUUAACACAGACUCCAUGGCAACAGCAUUAGGUAUCUCUGCAAGCAAGCACAUGGUCCGUCAACACCUGAGUGAAGAAAUGAAGGCCCUCCUUGCUGCUGCAAGACUGGAUGUUGAACAGGAAGUUGAGACCAUGGGAACUCCACCCACUAUAUCCCGUCAGAGCUCUCUGGGACGCUCCAUGAUAAGUCACCAUGAUGGCCAAUACUCCUUCAGACAACUCAAAGUCAGGCCUGAGGUAAGCUUCAAUCUGAAGAGCCACGGUGGAGUGAACAGCACGUCUCUAAACGCUAGCUGUGAGGAUGCCACACCCCAGCCAGAAAACAGUCCAGCCAGAAACGUCUCUGCUGCUGACCUCACUAAUGUCUAAUCCUUACUCUAUAAUCCCGAGACAUGGUCCAAAGCCAUAAUGAGCCUGAUCUCAAGGGUUUAAGCUGUAAUCAAAUGUUGUUGAUGGAACAGACAUUUAUAUGAAUUUAUAUGCGUCAGUGGAAACCUUUUCUCUUGACAUUUCUAUGAUGAUGUUAUUAAAUGAAUGUUUUGUAUUGCCAACACUGGUGCUGAGGUAAGAUUUGGACUCAGAGUUAGUUUUGGCACAAAUAACAUCAUGCCAUAAUACAUAAUUAACAUCUGGGGUCUUUUUCAUGAACCAUAUAAUGAAAGAGUCACUAAUAUUUCUGCGAAUCCUGCAAGUAAAACUUUGUUUUGUCAAAUUCGUAAAAUUACAUAAACAAAUAUGGAGCUUUGUAAAUAGCAUGAAAGAAUUGUAAAUUGUACCAUGUGUCUAACUUUAUGAACAUACAGUUGAUUAAGCCGUAACCUUGCCCAUCUGCUCUGUUAAGUUAUUGUCCAUUGAAAAUAAUGCACAGCGAAUAAUACACAGUAAAUUGGCUCUGUGUGACUCACCUGGUUCUGCAGACGCAGGCUAAGCCUGGUCUGAGACUUAGAAGACUAUUAAAAGAGAGACCCUGUAGAAAAUAUAAAUUAGUCCAGGCCUAGACUUAACCUGUGAAUUAAAAACCAAGAAAAAGGUUAAGAAACAAAUCUGAGGCUGCAUUGUCCUAUAUAGACGUGUCUCACCCUGCAUUGCCUCAGAUAAUCUACUAACAACACUGAAACUAAACCUGGGAGAAACCUCUCAUUAUCUCUAACCUCAAUGACUAAUAAAUUAAUUCUCUCAAACAGAAAAGACACACUUCUCUGUGAUCAGGUGUUUUUUGGCAGUUGAUCCCUGUAAGCUAUAACAUCUACAGUCUUGAUUUUUUUUAAGUUCUAAGAUUGAUAUUAAGCCAGUGAGGACAGUCUAACAAUUGUCCACAGUAAAUGGUCUUGAUGAAAAUAUGAUAAGGUCAAUCCUGUAAUCUCACCAUGGAAAGUUUAAACAGUACUUUAGAACCUCUGCCCUCAGAGCCCCAGGUCAUGUGAUAACUCACCUGCACAAUGACACCACGGCUGCUCAUAAAGCUGGUUAAACAUUGCAGGAUACCCUC